AUGGAGACACUUGAUAGGACAGAAUGGGAUGUCGUGAUUGUAGGCACUGGCCUUGCACAAUCGCUCUUGGCCCUAUCUCUCUCGCGCUCGGGGAAACGGGUCCUCCACCUUGAUGCCAAUGACUACUAUGGCGGCGAAGAAGCGGCAUUCAGUCUGGAUGAAGCGCGGGCGUGGGCUGCUAAGCAUGCUGCCGUAGAUGUCUCAUCUUCCACCCACAGCCAUGCGGCGAUCACCACCAAGCAAGACGAUCCAACGCCAGGCGAAGGCGGAGACAGACCGCGACUAGCCUCCUCGCGCGCUUACUCCCUCACCCUCUCUCCGCACCUCAUCUACGCCCGCUCCGACCUCGUCUCCACCGUGGUGUCCUCCCAAAUCCACAACCAGCUCGACUUCCAAGCCGUCGGAUCUUGGUUCGUGCUACACCCACGACCACCCGCUUUCUCCAUCACUCGACUCAGCCGUGUACCCAGCGGAAGGGAGGACGUCUUCUCCGACACUGCCCUCGAUCUGCGUGCAAAGCGUUCGCUGAUGAAGUUUUUGCGGUUCGUCGGCCAUUACGAAGAGCAAGGAGAUGUGUGGGAAGCGGAGAAAGAGACGCCGUUUCCGACGUUCCUCGAGCAGAAGUUUGCCCUGCCGCCAUCCUCGCAUGCUCCGAUUCUCGCUCUGACACUGAGUCAAAAGCCGGGAUCAAGUACAUCCACAGCCGUUGCUCUUCCGAGGAUAGCUCGACACCUUCGGAGUCUGGGGGUGUUUGGGCCUGGCUUUAGUGCUGUCUUGCCGAAGUGGGGAGGGCUGGCAGAGAUUGUACAGGUGGCUUGUCGAGCGUGCGCUGUGGGAGGCGGUGUGUAUGUGCUCAACAAGGGCAUUCGAUCCGUUGAGAAGGAGCGACGGGACGAAGAGCCCAGUGCACAUAUACAGCUUGACGGUGGCGAGAACGUUUCGACAAGAUGGCUGGUGGGCCUUGACAAUGAUCUACGGGCAGUCCUCCAGGGCCGUCCUGCACGAGCGGACGAGACUGUCGCAACAUCGCGGAGCAUAUCUAUCGUCUCUUCGCCUCUGGCAUCGCUCUUCCCGCGGACAUCCGAGGGUGGCCCAAUUCCCGCCGGGGCUGUCAUAUCGGUUCCAUCUGCGAAUGCAGACGAGCCACCGGUGUUUGUGCUCGCGCACACCUCAGAGGCAGGCGAAUGCCCAAUGAACCAAAGUGUGCUGUAUGCGAGUGUCGCUCUUCCCGCAGAGCAAGGCCAUGAGCGUCUUCGACAGGCUGUCACAGUCCUUCUGGAUAACGUGACCGAACGUGACCCGCAGGAGGGACAAGUAAAGCCGGAGGUGUUGUGGGAGAUGGCAUACCAACAGACGACUCCGGUAUCAGGAGACGUCCAAAUCGGCGACGAUGGAGUGAUCACACUGCCCGCAAUGGCUCAAGACUUGGUGUUUGACGACGGCGUGCUCGGUGGCGUGAAGCAGGCUUGGCAGUGCAUUACCGGCGAAGGCCCAGAUGUCUUCAUGCAAUUUGAUGCGCGCGAGGGAGUUGGCGAUGAUGAGUUGAAUGAUUGA